AUGAGUCUUACGGAGCAGCAGAUCAAGGUUAUCUCGGACCGCCCGUUCAACGAUACGCUUAAUCACAUUCAAGACAAACUACGCGACUUCAAUGAGCCCGACGAUUUGCGGCAAGAAGAUAUUGCAAGCCUUUUGGGUGCCUUGGUCGCCUCUCCGGCCGCGUUCAGCCUCCUGUCGCCGGACGAGAGCGGCAGCGUGGCAGUCAGGUUGCUCUCCAUAUUACAAGCUCCCGACAUCGACAUCUGGAAUGCCGUCCUCAGACUCAUCGACACCCUCAGCUCCCUCACUCCCCCUCCGUCCAGCAUCGUCCCAACCUACAACGGAACACCCGUCAAGACCAGCUCGAGCCGACUUGACGAUAGCGAAACUCGCGACAUUGUCGAAGGAGAGCUCUUCUUCGAGAUAAAAGACUGCACCUUUCGCAAUGUGGGAGGAUUCUGCGACAAGUUCUUCGACUCCAAGAGCUGGCGCAAAGAACAGAAAGAGAUGCUGACGAGGAUGAUGAUGGCGCACGACGGAAAGAAAUGGAUGGACUUCCCGUCCACUCCCGAUGAAAAACCGGUCUGGACAUGGCUCUGUGCGCUUGAAGAACGCUUCUUGACUGAUGCACCCCACAAGUUAUACACCACCCGAACCGCCAACCAAUUCAAGGAACGGAAGGGCCAGAUGGAUCUCUUCUUUCAGACAACAGACAGGGAAACUAACAGCACCUUUACCUACAAGGACGUCCUUGUCGUUGGAGAGCAAAAGAAGUCACACGAUACAAGCAGGUUCAAAGCGGAUAUCCUCCAACUUGCGCGGUAUGCUCUUGUUGGAUACGCUACAAUGAGUGAUGAUGCUAUGGGCCUGGACGCGUUCAUCGAGCGAGAGGAGGGUCAUCGCUAUGCCACCCUGGAGGACGUAAGCGGCAACGAAACAAGAGUCACGCUGGAGGAGCUGAUAGUCAGGCAGCGCGCUAUCCGGAAACCAGAGGGGGACCAUCUCAAGCUGGCAGGAGAGAAGGGCGUCAAGGGGGUGGCGAGAGUGGUGGCGCACCGUCAAAUCACCACCAUUGCAGACAUGCGGAAGGGACUGGAGUUUCCAAAAUCUCACCGGUUUCGGGAUGAAGAUGUCCACUUCAGAGAUCUACCAUCGGCCAGGCCGCCGUCCAAAAGCCAAAAACCGAAGCUGGUUAAGGAGUUCAAGGAGCAGCUGUCGAUCGGCAAGACGAAACCAAGCUUGUAUACUUCUAGGAGCGAGGAUCCAUUUGAGAACAGGAUCUAUUCUUGUCUCGUCGUCUCACCAGCCGGCCGUGUCAUCAGCGACUUCAAGUCGAUCAGGGAACUGCUGGAGUCGCUCCGAGACGCCAUCAGGGCACACCAGUCUCUCUACAUCGAUGGCAACAUCCUGCACAGAGAUAUCUCCUCGAACAACAUUAUCAUCACGGGUUCGAAAACAGUUGACGGCUUCAAGGGCAUGUUAAUCGACCUCGAUCUAGCUAAAGUCAGAGACAGCGGGCCGAGUGGAGCACGGCACCAGACCGGCACGAUGCAGUUCAUGGCGAUCGAGGUACUGCGGAAGGCCGACCACACCUACAGACACGACCUUGAGUCGUUCUUCUACGUUCUCCUCUGGAUGUGUGGGCGCGAAUCCUGGGAGAGAGGCGGAUUUGGGCAAGGCGAGGAGCCACCUAAGGAGAGCCUUCUACGGGCAUGGGAGAUUGGAAGUUUCCAAUCUAUUGCGAGCGCCAAAGUGGGUCACAUGACCAUAAAUGGCCUGGAAGAGAUCAUGAACCAGUUCCCACCAGUGUUUGAUGUUGUCAAGCCCCUCUGUCUGAAGAUCAGGACGUUAUUGUUUGGGGAGACAGCGAGGCUGGAUAUCGGAACUCCUGCAGGUGAUCCGGACCAGCUCUACAACGCUAUCAGAAUAGCCUACGACGAGGCUAUCGAUAAACUUUUGAAGGAUUAA